CUUCUACCACAAGCUUCAGCAUGGCAGUACCUCUCACCACUUUUUCUGGUCAGAGGGCAGAAAUGAGUGUCCUGGAAACCAAUCGAUACUUGCGCUCCCAGCUGGAAGAAAGCAAACAGAAAUUCCUAGAUCUCACAGAGAAAUACCUCACAUCCACAGCUAUGGCUUACUGCCUGGCCAACCACCUGCAGAAACACAAGUGUGAAGAGUACAAAGACCUCAUUGAAUCCGUGCUGGAGGAGGAGCUGCAGUACAAGGAGAGAAAGCUGGUGGAGAAGAGAACAGCUGCAAGGCUCGGGAAAUAUGAUCCCCUAAUUCAGGCUCAAGCCCAAGAACUGACCAACUUACGGCAAAAGAUACAGGAAGGGAGAAGUUUCUGCUACCUUUUCACCCAGCAUGUGAAGAACACAGUCAAGUCUUUUGAGGGCCUCCUCAGGAACACUGACAUUGCCCGCUACCAGGGACAGAGACUCUGUGAACAACUGGCCCAAGGAAGCCAGCUGACAGAGAGCCUUGCCAGCAAACUCUCAAGCAAAAAUCAUAAUGGUAAGACAGAUGAAGACACACAAGAGCUACUGGUCCCCAGCCUCAGCAGGAAUGUCCAGGAGGCGGAGCUGAAGGACUCACUAGAUGAACGGUAUUUGACUUACUUCAGCUGCCAUGAUUCUCAUCAGCCUCUCAGCAGCAACACUUUCCUGUUUGAUGAAUGGGAAGCCACCUCUGCUCUGGAUGUAGCCAAAGAUGAGAUCCAGAACCUACAGCAGCACCUGAGGGAAACUCUUUUCAUCAAUGACUGCUUGCGAGAAAAGUUGGAAUAUCAUUUCAGCAUCUUUGACCAAAGAAAUGGAUGCAACUCCAACCUCUACAGGCAGAUCCUAGAUUCCAUUGCCCAGCUGUAUAAUGAAAACAGAAUCCUCUGGGAAGAAUACCAGAGACUUCCUGAUUGCCUGAAUCAUACUUCCAGAGGUAACAACUAAUGUUGGAAGUAUGAAAAGUUCCUGUCUAAUUUCAACAAAGCUUAGUCACAAACCGUUCCCCAAUUGAUGAGAAAAAUGAAAACAACAAAACAAGUGAAAAUCCAAAUCUAAAAGCAAGAGGGCUCCACCUCUAAGAACCAAAUUUUACACCCACUCCAGAGUUUUACUCCAAAUGAAUAGUGUGAUUGCAGAAAUCACAGCCCUUCAGCCUGCAAAGGUGAUAACUUCCUAAGGGACCCUAUGCCAAGAUUCACAGAUAAUCUUGAAAGGCCGGCCGUCCCUUUUCCUUCCCCAGCCCCAUCCUAUGUACGACUGGAGUCUAUGGUAGGUAGCUGGAGGAGAAUAAGUCAGAAUAAUGCCCCUGCAGACUGUUCAUCAGCUCUCCAGCAUAUGCCCAUUUUCCUUGCAGGAUGAGGUUUUAGACACCUCUCAGAAUAAAGUUUAUUUUUUACUCA